AGUCCUCUUGAAAGCCUUACAAAGACUCUGUAAUCCAUGGAGUCACUGAAUUUACCCUUUUGCCAUCGAUGACCACUAUAAGUAUUCAUUCCACCACAAACCCAUCAUGAUUUUAUUCAUUACCCAAAUGUGCUCAACUCUCGUUUCUAAUUUGACUCUAAAAUGCGAGUAAAAGAAAUGCAUCCUUUGUGUUGCAUAUCGCUCGACAAUCCAUCCAUGGCUGACCACGAUUCCCCCCAACCCACAUACCUAUCCAGGUCAUCUUCCACCGUCGACCUCAUUUCUCACGCCAAUGCCCUCCCAUGGAUGUCUCACUCUCACUCCUGCUCUGCCACUAGAACCUUUGCCGGAGUCUUAUACAAAUGGACAAAUUACGGCAAAGGAUGGAAAUCAAGAUGGUUUCUUUUACGCAACGGCGUACUCUCUUACUCCAAGAUUCUCCAACCAGAGACACUCGCCGCCGGCGAAGAUGUUAGGUUCAUCGGAGACGUAUCUUCCGGAAGACUCAAACGCCUCGAUAGCUGUGGCAGUAGUAGACGUCACAUGCAUCACAAAAGUGUUGGAAUCGUUCACCUCAAGGUGUCAUCAUUCCGAGAGAGCAGAUCAGAUGAUAGGCGAUUUUAUAUUUUUACAGCUACAAAGACACUUCAUCUGAGGACUAGUUCAAAGAAAGAGAGGGUUGCUUGGAUUGAAGCUUUGGCCUCAACCAGAAAUCUUUUUACCCCAAGACGAUUGAAUGAUAAACCCUCUAUUAUACCAACUGAUAUAUCGGUGUCAACUGAAAGAUUAAAGAAACGAUUACUUGAAGAAGGAAUCAGUGAGGUAGUAAUCAAGGACUGUGAGCAGAUCAUGCUCUUGGAGUUUACCGAAAUACAAGGACAAGUUAAACUUCUUUGUGAAGAGCGUUCAAAUCUGCUCGACACCUUGAGGCAGUUGGAGGCUGCUAAUAUUGAAGUUGAAACCCCUGGAGUUCCUGAAGGGGAGUAUCAAUUGACACAACAGGAAUUUUCAGAUCUACAUCGUGGAAAAUAUAGUGAAUGGAGUACAACUGAAUCAUCUGAUGAUGUUGAGAAACAAGAACUUGAGGAGGCUUCAGAAGAUGAGGAAACCUACUUUUUUGACACGGAAGAUUGUUUUCCUGGAGAGAGAAUGAGUCGUGGGUCUAUAGAUACUGAAUUAAAAAACCAGCCUCAUGUUAUGGCUGAAGUGAUUGAUAAGAAGGCCAUUGUUGAGUCUGGAGACCUUCAAAUUGAAAGGAGAAAGAAGCUUCCGGAUCCUGCUGAGAAAGAAAAGGGGGUCAGUUUAUGGUCUUUGAUUAAAGACAAUGUUGGAAAGGAUCUCACACGAGUCUGUCUCCCUGUUUAUUUUAACGAACCAAUAUCAUCCCUACAAAAGUGUUUUGAGGACCUGGAGUACUCUUACCUUCUAGAUCGUGCUUAUCAGCAUGGAAAAGAGGGAAACAGUCUUGAAAGAAUCUUAAAUGUUGCUGCUUUUGCGGUUUCUGGAUAUGCUUCUUCAGAAGGACGACAUUGUAAACCGUUCAACCCUUUAUUAGGAGAAACUUACGAAGCUGACUAUCCUGAGAAAGGAGUUCGCUUUUUUUCCGAGAAGGUUAGUCACCAUCCCACCCUAAUAGCCUGUCACUCUGAAGGUAAAGGGUGGAAAUUCUGGGGGGAUAGCAACAUUAGGACAAAAUUCUGGGGGCGAUCAAUUCAACUCGACCCUGUUGGUGUUCUUACCUUAGAGUUUGAUGAUGGCGAGGUUUUCCAGUGGAGCAAGGUCACAACCAGCAUUUAUAAUCUUAUUUUGGGUAAAGUUUACUGUGAUCAUCAUGGAAUGAUGCAUAUACGUGGUAAUCGAGAAUACUCAUGCAAGCUCAAGUUCAAAGAACAGUCUAUUCUUGAAAGAAAUCCCCGACAGGUACAUGGGUUUGUUGAAGAUGGUAGUGGUAAGAAACAUGCAACGGUAUUUGGAAAGUGGGAUGAGAGCAUGUAUUAUAUAAAUGGAAUGGCUAAUGUGAAACCGAAGGAUAUGGCUGAUGCAAAUCUCUUGUGGCAAAGGACUUUGCCUCCCACCAAUCUCACUCGAUACAAUCUAACAUAUUUUGCCAUCACACUGAACGAGUUGACUCCAGGAUUGCAGGUUAAGGAGAAGCUUCCACCUACGGAUUCCAGACUCAGGCCUGACCAACGGCAUCUGGAGAAGGGAGAAUACGAUAUGGCAAAUGCUGAAAAGCUACGUCUCGAGACUAGGCAGAGAAUGUCGAGAAAACUACAAGAAAACGGAUGGAAACCACGAUGGUUCCAAAAAGAUGGUGAAGACAGUACCUUUCGUUAUGUAGGUGGAUACUGGGAAAAACGAGAGGAGCGGAACUGGGACGAUUGCCCGAAUAUAUUUGGUGAAUUUAGCAAAGAAAUUAAUGAUUCCAUCAGCAAAUCCUGAAUUAUCAGGGAGAGGGACAGAAUCAUCAUUCGGAAGAACCCUAAAAUGGUCGAAUGUAACCCAAUUCUUCAAGAUUCUUACCAACUUGGUCACAUAUUAUUAUCAUGUGAUACUGGUCAAAAACAAGAAAUGGCUUCACGAUACCCUCUUAGCUAACCAAAUUAGCUACUUCAUUUAGAUCCAUCUUUGAGUUAUUUUGGAUAGAAAUCAAGGGGGAAAACAGAGUUCAUUGCUCGGAGAACUGUUCAUAUCUGUAGUUUUGUAAGAAGUUGAAUGUAUUCAGAAAAAUAAUCAGAGCAAAUAGUGGUGUGUUUUUGUCAAUAUAAUCUUCAAUCUCCUUGCCCAAAUGUUUACGAGCCAUCUACACAUAAAAACUUGAUAUAUUUCAUCA